AGUAUAUUAUAAUGCUCUUUGCGUAAAACACUUGCUGUCAUUGUCUAUGCUUCUUUGUCUGCUUCUUUGGUCUAUGCUUGCUAUGCAUGUUUGUUACUCUUACUUGGUCUCAGGUGAAUCAAGUCUUGAUCUUCGCAUAAUUGUUUUGUUUACAUGCUUCUUGGGCCUCUUCGCAAUUGAUACGGAAUAAAAUAUGACUAAAAAUUUCAAAGAAUUCGAUAAGCAAUCGUCAGAUGAAGAAAGUUUACUUAAUGAAAGCAUGAGCGAAGACGAUGAUUCGUCUGAUAAUGACAGCACAGACGGUGAGCAACAAAUGAGCGAAGAACAAGCUGAAGAAGAAGAAAAUGAUGAUAGUGAUGAAAAUGAUGAAUUGGUGAAAGCAAUUAAAGCGGAGAAAAACAAACCGCGCACACACCCACCUGCUAUAACCUGCGAGGACUUUAUAGUUGAUAUAUCAUUCAGCCCAUGUAAAAAUAUAAUUGCCUUAGCUAAUAUAGUUGGUGAUAUUUUAUUAUAUGAGUACAGUAAUGAAGAGACAAAACUUAUAAACACAUUGGAACUUCACUUAAAAGCUUGCAGAGCAGUAGAGUUUGAUGAUGAAGGGGUUACUAUGUAUUCAACAGCUAAGGACAAAGUAAUAAUGGCCACAGAUGUUGAAACUGGAAAACUGAAAAAAUGUUAUGAAGAUGCUCAUGAUGAACCAGUAUAUUGUUUAAGAACUUUAGAUAACAAUAAAAUUGUUACUGGUGAUGAUGGAGGCACAGUGAAGUUAUGGGACAUGAGGAAAGAAACACCAGUGUUCAAUAUAAAAGUUGGUGAGGAGCAUGUAUCUGACAUGUUAACAAAUGAAGAUCAAAAGUAUUUGGUGUGUGCUGGAGGAGAUGGUGUACUAAACACUAUAGACCUUAAAGGAAGGAAAAUAUAUGUCAGAUCUGAAGACUAUGACAGUGAACUCACAUGCUUAGGACUUUUCCGUUCUGACACAAAAUUGCUAGUGGGGUCCUCAACAGGAAAAUUAUAUUUAUUCAACUGGAAAGAAUUUGGCUUACAUAGCGAUGAGUAUGUUGGACAAAAACAUGCUAUUAGUUGUAUGGUUCCAGUAACUCAAAAUAUAGUUGUCACUUCUGGAGAAGAUGGCAUAUUGAGAGCUGCACACAUGUUCCCUCAGAAGCAACUUGGUGUUGUUGGUCAACAUAGAUUACCUGUAGAAUGCCUUGAUAUAAGUCAUGAUGGCCAAUAUAUAGCUUCCUGUUCCCAUGAUAAUGAUGUAAAAUUUUGGAAUAUAUCAUAUUUCGAAUCUAUAGAUAGCAUCAUAGAUGUUAAUCAAAAACAGGAUAAGAAAAAAGAUAUGAUUAAUAAUUUACCUUCUAGCAGUGUUAAAAACGCAUCUGACUUUUUUGGUGGUCUUGUUUAAUAAUUGUCACAUUAUUUCAAAAUUAUAUUUAAAUUCUACUGCUUUGAUGGCGCAUAUUGCCAACCCCUUUCCAUCUCUGCUUUGAGGUUUCUGGUUUGAAUUCUGGGCCGGGCAAGUUUAUUGGGUUUAUUCUGUUCGGCAGCAACCCACAGUCUGGAGUUUUUACGCAGGGUGGGGGGAGGCUCGCCCCUUACCACAUCAUGGGGCAGUACAUAUACGGGAAAAAGUGAGUGUCCUAGCUGCACCUCUGCCUACCACUCCUUUGCUAUGGAUUAAUAAUAAUAAUAAUAAUAUCAGCCCUGUAUUAUAUCGAUACCGGAAAUUUCAAUUGUCGUAAGGGACAAACCAUCACUUUUCAGGAGAGCCAAAAAACAUAUUUUUUUCACUUAAAUUCGUUGUAACUUUUUCAUUUGUAAUCGGAUUUUAAAGGUGUCUAGGGUCCACAGAUCUAUUUUUUUGUGCUCUUUCUAUUAGCUUUAUCCAAAUUAACGUAGGUUCACUACUUUCAAAGAUAGAUGUCCCUUACAUCCCACCAAAAAUGAACAAAACGCCUAUACACCCUUGGUUUAGUAAGGUUGCAUAGGUUGUAAAGGACAUUUUUACGCAAAUUAAACUAGCGUUUUAGGUAAUAAAUGUCACAUUACCUCAAUGUGAAGGGUAAUAGAAGGUCCAAAUUUAUAAAAUAUUAAGAAAUAAAACCCUUACUACAUUUU